CGUUUGCUAGUAAAUCAGUCGCAUCACUAACGUGGGCAACUCUUGUUCUUGUAAUUCUUGUUAAAAAGAAAUUGGGAAGUUUGCUGCCUUGUGCAGACUUUUACUGUUUCUUUUUGUUUUACACGCGUUCGACUGGCACUUGCGGCCUACGGUGCACGUCCGCACAACUACGCGCGAAGCAAUUGACCAGCCAGCAGCGUGCUUUGCCAUUUUCCCUUCAGUUUCAGUUUUGUCGCGCAAUUGCAGUUGUUUUUUUUUGUUUGUUGUUUGACUUUUAAGAAACGCUCGCACACACUCACAUCCCAGCGAACAAGCCAUGGACAAGCUGAUGAAAAUGAAGAACCAUCGCUCCGAAAUAACUGUGGGCGGCAAAUAUAGAAUCAUUCGUAAAAUUGGCAGCGGCUCUUUUGGCGACAUCUAUCUUGGCAUGAGCAUGCAGUGCGGCGAGGAAGUGGCCAUAAAAAUGGAAAGCGCUACGGCCCGCCAUCCACAACUGCUGUACGAAUACAAACUAUAUCGUGUGCUGAGUGGGGGAGUCGGCAUACCUCGCAUACGCUAUUACGGGAAUGAGAAAAACUUUAAUAUUCUUGUCAUGGACCUACUUGGUCCCUCCCUCGAAGAUCUCUUCAACGCUUGUACACGUCACUUCACCAUCAAGACGGUCCUAAUGCUCGUCGAUCAGAUGAUCGGCCGUUUGGAGUAUGUGCAUCUAAAGUGCUUCAUUCAUCGUGAUAUCAAGCCCGAUAAUUUUCUCAUGGGCAUCGGUCGCCAUUGCAAUAAGCUCUUCUUGAUCGACUUUGGCCUGGCCAAAAAGUAUCGUGAUCCACAAAAACGUGCCCAUAUCCCCUAUCGCGAGGAGAAGCACUUGACGGGCACGGCCCGCUAUGCCUCAAUCAAUGCUCAUGUUGGCAUCGAGCAGUCGCGUCGCGACGACAUGGAAUCCCUCGGCUAUGUGAUGAUGUACUUCAAUCGCGGUAUUCUGCCCUGGCAGGGCAUGAAGGCGACAAACAAGAAACAGAAAUACGAGAAAAUCUCCGAGAGGAAAAUGUCCACUCCGAUUGAGGUGCUCUGCAAGGGUUAUCCGGCUGAAUUCUCAAUGUAUCUAAGUUACUGCCGUAGCCUGCGAUUCGAGGAGCAGCCAGACUAUAUGUAUUUGCGUCAACUCUUCCGCAUUUUGUUCCGCACACUUAAUCAUCAGUAUGACUAUAUCUAUGAUUGGACGAUACUGAAGCAGAAAACCCACCAGACACAGCAACAGAAUGCGGGGAUAAUGCUAACACCUGAGCAGCGCGCGGAGCGUGAGAAGGAAAAGGAAAAGCAGGCCGUUAAACCCACAUUGUCCGACUAAUCGCUGUCGCACAAUGUACAAAGAUCACAGACCCAGAGACAAACAUGCACACACACACACACAAACACACACGACACAAUAACAUGCUAUAUAAACUAGAAACUGUAUAGGAACGCAAUGCGAAUUAUGCGCGUUUAGUUCGACCUCGUCUCUGACCAUGCGUCCAGCUGACAAGUUCAAUUGUACAAUUGACGCCAAUCUCAGCCGCACUAAGAUGUUUAGUGUGGAAAGCAACCCACUCUCCCCGCUCCCUCUGUCCCCCUUACUUCACCACGCACCUUUAAGAUGCAUUCAACACUUAGCCCAACACUCGAGCAAAACAGACAAGGACAGAGAAUAGGACUCACGUUUUUUUGAUCGGAGACAAACACACAUAAUAUAAAUAUGUUGAAUGUACAGCUCAGCGACGUAUGGAAGGUAAUCAACAGAGCCAGCUGUACGAGUUAUCACAUCUCUACAUAUAUACUCGUAUAUACACAUAUAUAUAUACAUGAUUAGAGCAGAUAGUUUAUUUUUAUAUGUGAAAGCAGAAGUCGCGAGAGGAGAGCUGAAGGAGCAGUUAAUAUGUGAACAAAAUUGAUUCUAUAUAGGGAUUGAUUGAAAAAUAUAUAUAUAUAAAAAAAAAAACACAAAAAGAAAAAGAUAAACCAAGAAGCAUUCAAACAGCUCGGCAGACAGACACAUACAUAGAUAUGUACUUAAGUCAAGCUUUGAUUUUGAUUUGAUAUUCGAAGGGACAGAGACACACUUCUGCUCACACAUGCACACAAUCAUACGUAUAUGAAUACUAUACAUAUAUAUAUAUUCGUAUUAAUCUAUAGUUUUUAACUUUGUUAUCAAGCAACGAUAGACUGUGGCAUGUUAACGUACCCAGUGGAUCGUAAAACUGACUCAGACAGACGGACAAACACAUCUCUAUGUAUGUAUAUCCUGUAUAAUCAUAAGGCAUAACACUCACACACACACUCACCCCCAUAUAUACAUACAAAAAAUUAGUUGUAUUAGUCAAACAAUUAUGACGAAAGAAUAAGAGAGAGAAAAUCAUCAUGUUCUGCAAGGAGAAACGAACACAAAAUCUUCAAUUUAACAAAUCCAAAAACAAAUCGAAAACAAUAAUUAAAAAAAAAUUGAAUAAUAAACAAUUUGUCUUAAGUUUCGCAA